AAUAUGUCCAACUAAAUGCCGAACAUUACUAACACUCAUCCCAUCCUCUAUCUUCACUUCUUACAACUUUUUAUUUCUUUCUUCCUUCAAUACUUUCUUAUUUCCAUGUCUGAUUAAAAAAAAAAAAAAAGGUAGUGUUUGAUCAUAAUUAAGUUGAAGAUUAAAGAUCAAAAUCAUGGAUGUUCUUAAUUCUUUGAUGAAUUUUGUGGUACCUCCGGCAAGCUUGGUAAUGCUAGCUAUGGCAUGGCCAACUUUAAGUUUUAUAAAUGCAUGUGAAUGGGUUUAUGGCUUGUUUUCCUACGAGAAUAUGGAAGAUAAAGUUGUCAUCAUUACUGGAGCGUCCUCUGGACUUGGCGAGCAAAUCGCUUAUGAGUAUGCAAAAAGAGGAGCCAUCCUUGUGCUAGUUGCACGAAGAGACACAAGGCUUCGUGGGAUAAGUGAGAAUGCAAGACAGAUGGGUGCAAAGCAUGUCAUGAUUGUGGCUGCAGAUGUGGUGAAAGAAGAUGAGUGUCGCAGGUUCAUAAAUGAAACAAUGACCUUUUACGGUCGUGUUGAUCAUUUAGUGAAUGCUACAAGUUUGGGUCAUACAUUCUAUUUUGAAGAAGCGAAUGACACGUCCGUAUUUCCUCAUUUGAUGGAUAUAAACUUUUGGGGAAAUGUUUACCCUACUUACGUAGCUCUUCCCUACCUACGACAAACCAGAGGUCGAAUCAUUGUUAAUGCUUCUGUUGAGAACUGGUUUCCUUUGCCUAGAAUGAGCUUGUACUCUGCAGCAAAGUCUGCUUUGGUGAACUUUUAUGAAACAUUGAGACUUGAGGUAAAAGAGGAUGUAGGAAUAACAAUUGCAACCCAUGGAUGGAUUGGGACAGAUGUUACAAGAGGAAAGUUGAUGGUAGAUAAUGGCGCGGACAUGCAAUGGAGAGAAGAAAGAGAGGUACAAUCUAGUAGUGAGGCAGUGGAUGAUUUUGCGAAGCUAAUAGUAGCAGGUGCAUGCCGUGGAGAUCCUUAUGUGAAGCAUCCUAGUUGGUAUGAUGCAUUCCUUCUUUACAAGGCAUUUGCACCAAAGGUUCUAGGCUGGACAUUUCGCCUUUUAUUGGGCGCCGAUAGUAGUAGGAAAACUUCACUGGUUGGUGUAGGCAGGCCCUUGUUGGAAUCUGCUUCUCCUAAAAAACCAUCCAGUCCAAUGACAGGUUCAAGGCUCGCAUAUGCACCACAACAGAUGAAAGUGGAAUAAGAGAAGUCUUUAGGGAUUUAUACAUGUUAUUUGGUUUCUUUGAGGUUGCUAUUUGGUCUUGAAUUUGACAAUAACCAUGUUUUGCUGAGGGACAUGCAUCAACUUGUAUUUUGUGAAAGAGAGACAGAAUUUGUUUUCUUUUCCUAUAAACAGGCCUUCUUAACCUUAUCAAAAUCCCCAUGGAAAAUUUUGAAAUUUGGAUAA